AUGCCCUUAAAAAUUGCCUAAAUAUUGUUUAUUUAUUAAUAAAGCCAAAUUUUAGAAUGUAUCAUACAUAGGCUAAAGUAUAAAUAUUUAAUCUUAGAUCUUAAAGAUACCAUAGAAAAAAAUAAGAUACAUAGGAUUAAAUUCAUAAAAUAUAGGAGAUUGAACUACGAUAUUGAAAGAGGAAAUAUGUUAGCCUUAAAUAUAGUUAUACAUUGCUUAAUUCUGUUGAAUAAUUAAAAUAAAUUAUUUUAUAAUAACUGGAAUCUUAAUUUUAAGAAACAUAGUCAACUUUUUAUUUAUUUAAUAUUUUAAUUGAUAUUUAUAAAAAUUAGCAUUUAUAAAAUUUAUUUUAAAAGAAACAAGUUAUAAGUUUUAAUUUUAGUCAUCAAAAUAAUUUCACACAAUUAUAAAAUAUAAAUAUUAUUUAAAAAUAGAAUAAACAAUAUUAUUUAAUAUGCUUUAUUUGUCUCAAAACAAUAUUAUUUUGGGUUUCUUUAAGUUGUUAUUGUUUUUAAAUUAAAAUAAUUUAAAAUACUUAGAAAUAAACCUUGA